AGAACAUCGCCGAAGCAACAUCAACUCUAUAAUAAACUUUCCUUCUUAAUAUCCUAAUCCCUUCAUACACUCUUUUAACUCUGAAAGUAAUAAUGCCAAUGCCAGGUUCAUCAAAUCAAGAGCCUUUGGCAGAGGCAGAGACAAACAUGCUGCAGCGAUUAGAACAAUUGCAAAUGCAGACGUCUAACAUUCUUAAAAGGCUGCAUUCUACCACUACGUUCUCGGAAACAUCGUCUCCUGAUCCUGUAAACGAAAAUGACAUAGUUGCUGAAAGUUCGAAUUCUCCGGCGUCUAUCGAUAAUGUUGAUUCAUUAGCCGAAGCGAUGGGUAAUGUGAAAAUAAAUGAACAUGAAGAAAAACAAGCUUCUAUUCCAAAUGCCAUUACCAAGGACAAACCAUCUCAUGACCAUGGAGAAACCCCUCAGAUACCUACUUCUAUUUCACCUAGUAAAAUGAAAGUUAAAGCUCGAGCCAUUCGACCUUCCGUAAAGCCAAACCGGGAUUCCUCUUUAAUAAACCAGCAUCAACAACCUUCACCAUCCCGUUCCUCCGGAAGACUUUCCACCGGAGUGCAAAACACUAGACUUUCAGCGUCUGGUAAUUCUCAUGCACCAGUACGUCCUCCUUCUUCUGCAGGAGCUCGUUCUUCGUUUCCUUUCUCUUCUAGUCCUAAAGCUGCAUUAUCAACUCCCAAGUCACCAGCUUUGGCAAAUCCUCAAGUUCAUAGAUCUAGAUCUUCCUUGGGAGCUCGUCCUCCUUCUAGAAUCACCGUCAAUUCUACCUCUAAUUCACAUAUGCAAGCUACUGCUCCUGGAGUACAACCCAAGCCUUCUGUCGGAGUUAAAGUUUCUACGUCCGCAGCCUCUCCAAAAGUUCCUGUAAGACAAGCUAAUGGAGCUUCCGUUAUUCGCCCUGAUACUCGAUCUGGAAUAACACGUCCAAUGUCACGAUCUAUGGGUCUCUCUUCUGCAGGUUUGCGUGGAAAACAACCCACCACACAUACUCCUACUGUUCCUAAGACCAAAGCCAAUGUCCAUGCAACUAUCCUUCGUCCUUCUACAUCUGCUUACACUGUACGUCCUGGCUCCAGGAUCCUUCGUGACCCUGAUACAUCUCACGACUUGGCCAACCAUGCAUCAAAUUCUUCUCUACGUACCAGCUCAUCCUUAGCAGUUCGUUCUCCACCCUCCAACACUGUAAACAGAUCUCCAUCGAGAUUAGAACAAACAGGAGCAAGUAUCAAGAAUUCAAGCGCUAAAAUAAUGAGGCCUUCAACUGCUGCCGAAGUACGAUCUCCUUCCAGAAGUACUGCUGCUAGAACACCUUCAAGGCUUGGGCAAACAGGGGGCUUUAGUAAAAACCCUACCGCUAAGGUAAUGAGACCUGGGACUUCCGCUGGAAUACACUCUCCUGCUAGAAGUACUGCGCCAAGAGCACCAUCUAGGUUAGAACAAACCGGGGUCAACGUAAAAAAAUCAAAUGUUAAGGUGAUAAGACCUGGGACUGCCGCUGGAAUACGUUCACCCUCUAGAGGCCCUGUCCCCAAAGCACCAUCUAGGCUAGAACAAACUGGGGUCAAUGCUAAAAAUUCAGGCGCCAAGAUCAUGAGACCCGGGACUGCCUCUGGGAUACGGUCUCCUUCUAGAACCACUGCCCCUAGAGCACCGUCCAGGCUAGAACAAACAGGAGUCAAUGUGAAAAAUUCAAGCGCCAAGGUGAUGAGGCCGGACACUAGUUCCGGGGUAAGGUCUCCUUCCCGACUUGCUCAGGCUUCGGUUUCUUCUAAGACUCCGAUCAAUGGAGUUAGAGCAAGAGCUUUAAAUACUGUACGACCUGCGUCGUCAAAUCGUGAACGACCGGCAUCCUCAUUACGAGUUAGGGCAUCUUCUCGUUCUCUACAGCAUCCAUCGAUCAUUCGCCCAACCACCUCUUUGCAACGUGAACGAAGUAAAAUCUCGGGAAUACCCAGUCCAUUGCCAGAAGAUGUUAACAUAUCUAAUAUACGUGAACCCAGCGAAUCCUUAGACCUAAACAAAAUAAAUUAACAACCUGCCUCCCCUUUUAAUGUUUACGACCAAAUUAUUUUAGGUGGUUUCUUUUUAUUAUGAGUGUUAGUAAUAGUAACUUCAUUUAGCAUUAUCAUUCUAUGAUUUCAAUUAGAUGAUUUCUUGUUUGAAUCGUUGUAACUACGCUUUUCCUUUUUCUA